AUGAGACCAGCUCUUUUCACCCAGUAUCUCUCCCUUGCCUUCUUACAACUCACACCAUCAACUUCAGCCUCCCAAACCCCCCUAACCACAACCACCAAACCACCCCCCAUCGUCAACAUCAGAAACGGCACCCUAGCAGGCAAACACAGCCCCUUCUACUCCCAAGAUUUCUUCCUCGGCAUCCCCUUCGCCGCGCCGCCCACCUCCAACCUCCGCCUCCGCCGCCCCGUCCCCGCCUCACCAUGGCCAAACUUCACUCGUCUCGCAGACUCCUACGGCCCCUACUGCAUGGGCAACGCUCUCCGCGUCCCGGGGAUCUACCAGCCCGACACAGCCCCGAUGAGCGAAGACUGCCUCCACCUCAACAUCGUCCGCCCCGCCAGCCCUCCUCCGGAACCCAAGCUGCCCGUCAUGGUCUGGAUUCACGGCGGCGGCUUCCAGCACGGCAGCGCCGUCGACGCGCGCUACAACGGCUCCUUCCUCGUCGCGCGGUCCGUGGCAAUGGGGACGCCUAUUAUCUUCGUCAGCGUGAACUACCGCCUCGGCCUGUUCGGCAUAAUGAACGCCGCGGGGGUGGAGGAGAAUCUGCUACUCCGCGACCAGAGGCAGGCGCUCAAGUGGGUGCAGGAGAACAUAGCCGCGUUUGGGGGUGAUCCGAGAAGGGUGACGAUCGCGGGGGAGAGCGCGGGGGCCGCGUCGGUUGGGUAUCACCUCAUGGCGCGGGACGAGGGAUUGUUUGGCAGCGCGAUCGCGCAGAGCGGCGGGCCGUUUUCGACGGCGCCGUUUUUGAGUGAAGAGGAGAAGAGGGUGCAGUUUGAGAGUGUGUUGAAUGUGACGGGCUGCGCGGGGGUUAAGGAGCCGCUGGCGUGUUUGCGUUCUGUCCCGGCUGAGGUGCUGAAUAAAGCGAGCAUGGCGGUUCCGUACUCGCACACCUUCGCGCUGGACGGCGACCUCGUCACCGACACGAGCUACAACCUCUUGCGCGCGGGUAAGUUCGUCAAAGUCCCGCUGCUCAUCGGGACGAACAGGAACGAGGCGACCUCCGUGGUGCAGUACGCCAUGCCGGGGCCGCUGAACACGCACGAAGACUUCGCGGGCAUCGUCGCGGCCUCGAACAGCGGGAAGCUCCCGCCCGAGGCGAUGGUGGAGAGGUGGUCGGCGCUGUACCAGGACGAGAUCGACGCGCCGUCGGCCGCGGGGCUGGGCACGGUGCGGCCGGACCCGGGCCCGGGCCCGGCGCUGGGGGCGGAGUACGGCAAGACGGCGCUGUUUCUCGGGGACGGGUUCUUUCAUGCGGGGAGGCGGCUUGCGGCAAGGGUGUGGACUGAGAGCGGGGUGGCGUGUUAUAGUUACUUUUUUGAUGUGGUGACGGCGAAUGUUGAUAAGGAGACGCUGGGGGCGACGCAUUUUCAGGAGAUUCCGUUUGUGUUUGGGGAUAAGGACGGUUCGGGGUGGGAGGUCGAUCCGUUUCCGAAAGAUGUCGAGUUGAGGAGGCAGUUUCAGGAGUUGGCGGGUGUAAUGAGCGGGAUGUGGAUCAGCUUUGUGGUUUCGGGGUCGCCAAAUGAUCAUCACCAAGAGUCAGUCGGUAAUAUCACUUGGCCGGUGUACACGCGAGGAAAGCCGGAGAACAUGGUGUUCAGUGCUACGGACGGUCUCAGCCUACAGCCUGAUACGUGGAGAGAGGAAGCCAUUCAGAUGUUCUUUGGUCUGGCGGAUAUGAAUAGUAGACAGCCGUGA